AUCUCUAGCACUUCGUAUUUUCCAUUGGGGCAACGAGAUAUAAAUGAGUUACAGAACUAAGAAAUGCUGGAUUUCAGUGGCCCAAGUUUCAUUAUAUUUUUAGUUCUAAUGUUGUCAAUUGGCAUAUGCCGUGCUGAUAGCGAUGUGAAUUCUGGUUGGCAAUGUUCAGAAGCUGAUAAUUCUACAUCUGAAAGCUCAUUCAGGAUCAAUCUUGACAACCUUCUGAGUUUACUAACUGAAAAAGGGCCUCUGCACAACGGCUUCUUUAAAACCACUGUGGGAAGGAGCUCAGGGAAGAUUUAUGGUCUUAUACAAUGCAGAGAGGAUGUCUCUACAGAAAAUUGUGCUAAUUGUACAAGAGAAUCUAUUGCAGUGGCCCUGCAUGACUGCUCAAAGAGCAGAAAGGUUCAGGUCUGGCUCACAUGGUGCUUUCUUCGCUAUUCAAAUGAGCAUUUCUUUGGUGUUUGGGAUCAAUCUUCUAUGGCAAGAGUCAAUGACACCAACUUUGAUGAUGCAUCUGUGGUCUCCAAAGGACUCAUCUUCAUGAGUGAAGUUGCAACAACAGCACCAAAGCAGCCUUUGAUGUUUCACACUGCAGUGUUGGAUGCAGGCCAAUUUGGGAAGAGGUAUGGCAUGGCUCAGUGUACCAGGGAUAUUAGUAGAACUGACUGUAGCAAGUGCUUGGAUACUCAGCUAGUGACAUUUAGAACCACAAUUGGGAAUAAGAGAGGAUGGGAGGUUUACGGGUCCAGUUGUAGCAUGUGGUACCAUGAUUACCAGUUCUAUUUCAACAUCUCCAUCCCUAAAAAUGGUUCUAGGAGAUUGUCCUUGCAUGGAGUUGCAACUGGCAUAACAAUCGCAGUCCUAAUGUUUUUCUAUGUGCCAUAAUCAUUCAUUGGCUAUUCAAGUAUGUUAUUUAGAAGGUUGAAAUCGGGGUCUGCAGCCAACAAUUUUUUUCAUAUGUAGUACUUUCAAUCUAUGCAGAAAAGUUCGCUAACACCAGCCGUACAUAUUGGCAAGCCAACUUUCCUGAAUCAGGCAAUUUCUUUUGUUAUUGAAAUUUUUUGUGCUUUUAGUCCUUUUCCUUGGCACUGGUUCUUGAUUUUUGAGCUAUUCCUGAUUAAUAUUUCAGUAGAAAGUCUCUUCAUCUUUCUCACAGAUAGAUAUGGGAAGCCUGAGCUUUGCAAAAGCAAGUAAGGACCUGUUCAAAGUGAAAGUUGAUAGACAGUAGCUUCCCUGGUGCAGAAUGAGGAGUUGGUACUGCAGAAUAAAGAAGAAAUGAAGAACGGGAGCCCUGAGGACCUAGUUGUAGUGCAUUGUAUAAUGAUUUCUGGUGAUUUUUCAAUACCUUGCAAAUCAGAGUCACAACUCAUGAGUGGAAGCUGCAGUGGUUGAAGACUGAUCAGAUGUUAGAAUCCCUGUCUCUGUCUGAGUAGUUGAAGAUAGAUCAGAUGUUGUAACAAAUCUUGCUGCAGAAUAUGGAGGCGAUGAUGGCUGGGGGAGAUUAACUGAUCU